AUGUCUAUGUCAUCUAAAGCAGCAGAUAUUUUUCUUGAAACCGGCAGUGCCUUCAAACGUAUUGCUGAGUUAACCAUGGAAUUAGUCGAUCCAAAUGCUUCGAAUCGUUUGUCUGGUUCAUCGACAGGAACAUCACAGAAGAUCGCAAUUGAUUCUUCAGAAUUACGACGACUUCGCGAUGCACUUCAACGCUUUUCAUCAGAUCUUGACGCUGUUUCGCAACGAGUUAAUACAAAUCGAGAAGCAGCCACAGCACCACAAGAAGUUGAAAGAUUAAUGAGUUUGAAUUCAAUCGAAAACAACCCCGAAGAAGAACCAAUCAAAUCUGAAGAACCAUCUGAACCUAUGGAUAAUCAAACAGCUGUACCAAUGACUGCUUGA